AUGGCGGACGAUGGCAUGCUUAUGAACUUUGACGUUGGAGACGGGAUUAUCAGCUCGCAGCAGAAAUUUAAAGGCGGGAAGUGGAAGGACCGCCUCGUCGCCAAAAAAAUUGCGGACCACCGACACAAGAAAUCAAAGCAGCCAUAUACCGCAGAAAACGGCAGCCAGGGCACAAGACGAGGAGAAAGAGACCAUGGAGGCGCCUCCAAUCGUCCACCGAAGCGGCAGAGGUUGAACAAUGGGGAUUUUCAACCGAGUACCGCUACCAUAACUGGGGUUUCCAAUAAUUCUGGCAGCAAAUAUGCUACCGGCCCGCAAAGACAAGUCAUCUCGUCGCUAUUCUCGUACAAUCCCGUUCCUACGACUGUUUCUAUGGCGGAUACGUCUACGGUGCAAGACGACGCUGAAGCUCCCAAGGCAUCCAAUGCACCUCUCAUCGAUGGAAUUGAUACAUUUACCUCUCUCGGCCUAUCACCAGAGCUUGCGGCGCAUCUAUUGACUAAAUUGAAGCUGAAGAACCCUACCGCGAUUCAAAAAAGCUCGAUUACCCAGCUAUUAAAGGAAAACUGUGAUGGGUUCAUACAGGCAGAGACUGGCUCUGGAAAGACGCUUGCAUAUCUCCUACCCUUGGUACAGCGGCUAAUGAACUUGUCCGGUCCUAAAAAUACAGAGGGAGGAAAGGGGGCAACCACUCCAAUUCACAGAGACUCGGGAUUAUUUGCAAUCAUCCUCGCGCCAACUCGGGAGCUUUGCAAGCAGAUAUCUGUGGUACUCGAUGGAUUAUUGAACUGUGCUCAUUGGCUGGUGGCCGGCACAGUUAUCGGUGGAGAGAAGAAAAAAUCAGAAAAAGCCAGGCUGAGGAAAGGGCUGAAUAUCCUUGUUGCGACUCCCGGACGGCUUGCGGAUCAUUUGGAUAAUACCCAAGUUCUUGACGUGGGCCUUGUGAGGUGGCUAGUUCUAGAUGAAGGUGACAGGUUGAUGGAAUUGGGUUUUGAAGAAGAGAUUCAAGGCAUUAUUAAAAAGUUGGACUCGAAAAGGAGGCCAACGUCCAAGAUUACAAACCUUCCGCCCAGGAGAUUAACAGUAUUAUGUUCUGCUACGUUGAAGAUGAACGUGCAGCGUUUGGGUGAGAUGAGUUUGAAGGAUGCAGUACACAUACAGGCAGACCCGGCAGAUGAAAUAGAGGAUGGCUCUUCUGAAUCUGGAGAUGCGCAGAAGGCCUUGGAAUUCUCAGCACCAGCUCAACUCAAGCAAUCGUUCGCAAUCGUUGCAUCAAAGCUACGGCUUGUCACCUUGACAGCCCUCCUCAAAAGCACAUUUGCACGCAAGGGAACUGUUAUGAAGGCUAUUGUUUUUGUUUCAUGCGCAGAUUCGGUAGACUAUCAUUUCGAGGUUUUCAGUAGGAAAUCCAACAAGGCCACGACAGCUGAUGAUGGUGAAAAGGGAGAAGACUCAGAUGCCGAAAAGGCGCCUACCACUAACUCGUCUAUACAGGGAACAGUAGCCGAAUCUCCAACGCUAUCAAAUCCGACAAAUUUGGUAGUACUGCAUAAGCUCCAUGGCUCCCUUCCCCAACAUGUUCGAACCGCCACGCUCUCCGCAUUCGCCAAACAAAAGGAUACCUCUGUGCUAAUCUGUACAGAUGUUGCGUCUCGUGGUCUUGAUCUACCAAAUGUUGACUUUGUUAUUGAAUAUGACCCAGCAUUUUCUGCCGACGAUCAUCUUCAUCGUAUCGGACGUACAGCUCGAUUAGGUCGUGAUGGUCGUGCUUUAAUCUUCCUCCUCCCUGGAAGUGAAGAAGGAUAUAUCAAUGUUCUAAAACGCGGGUAUCGCGAUGAUAAUGGCAAGGCCGUAACGCGCAGUGACGAAAACGAAAUUUUGAAGAGAGGAUUUGGUCGGAAUAACGGCUCGGUAGGCCAGGGAUGGGAAGAAGCAGCCACGGAAUUCCAACUAGAUAUAGAACGUUGGACACUAGACAACCCUACCAUCCUAGAAAUGGCACGUCGGGCUUUCCAAUCCCACAUUCGAGCCUACGCUACUCAUGUUGCCAGCGAGAGGGAAUACUUCAACAUAAAGGACCUCCAUCUAGGCCAUUUGGCGAAAGGGUUCGGAUUACGAGAUCGGCCAACGAAAAUCAACGUUCCUGGCCUCCGAACCGGCAAGGAAGAAACGAAAAAGGCGUUCAAAGCAAAUAGGGCAAUAGAUUCCGGGGAUAAGAAGAAUGAUUCUGGCCCCAAGAAUGAUAGUGCAGCCGAUAAGAUGCGGAAGAAGAUGAGAGAGCACAUGGCGGCAGCUAACGAGUUCAACAUUGCUUAA